GUGGCGCACGUGACGGGGCGGGGUCACGUGACACGGAGCGCGGGGAUUCCGAACGGAGCGGCGGGAGGGCCCAGCCGGGAAGAUGCCCAGGAUAACGCUGAAUGGCAUCACAGUGGAGUUCCCGUUCCAGCCCUACGCCUGCCAGGAAGCCUACAUGUCCAAGGUGCUGGAGUGUCUGCAACGGAAGGUAAAUGGCAUUUUGGAGAGCCCUACCGGCACAGGAAAGACCCUCUGCCUGCUGUGUUCCACUCUGGCAUGGCGGGAACACUUCAAAGACACUAUCUCAGCCCGCAAAAUCGCACAGCGUAUGAAUGGAGUGGAGCUCUUUCCUGAGAGACCCAUGUCAUCCUGGGGUAACGCUGCCACGGAUGCUGAUAUUCCAGCUUAUUACACUGAUGUUCCCAAAAUAAUUUAUGCCUCCAGAACUCACUCACAACUCACGCAGGUGAUUAAUGAAUUGAAGAACACUGUCUACAGGCCGAAGGUAUGUGUGUUGGGUUCCAGAGAGCAGCUUUGCAUCCAUCCUGAAGUGAAGCGGCAGGAGAGCAACCACAUGCAGAUCUAUAUGUGCCGGAUGAAGGUGAUGGCUCAUGCUUGUCAUUUCUAUAACAAUGUGGAAGAAAAGAGUACAGAGAAAGAACUGAUUGGGUCGAUCAUGGAUAUUGAAGACUUGGUUAAAAAUGGAAACAAGCACAGAGCUUGUCCUUAUUAUCUCUCUCGAAGCCUGAAGCAGCAAGCAGAUAUUAUUUUUAUGCCAUACAACUAUUUACUAGACUCCAAGAGCCGGCGAGCGCACAACCUAGACUUGAAGGGGACUGUGGUCAUACUUGAUGAAGCUCACAAUGUUGAGAAGUUGUGUGAGGAGUCAUCAUCUUUUGACUUGACACCCUACGAUUUGGCUUCAGCCAUGGAUGCUAUAAAUGUCGUACUGGAAGAACAAGCCAAAGUGGUUCAACAGAAUGAAAUAAAUGCUGAGUUCAACAUGGAGAUGGCCAGUUCAGGGCUGAACAUGGAACUUGAAGAUAUAGCAAAGAUAAAGAAAAUGCUUCUUCAGCUGGAAAAUGCUAUUGAUGCAGUGGAGCUGCCACCGAACGAUAGUGGAGUCACCAAAGAAGGAAGCUACAUCUUUGAUUUGUUUGCCGAAGCCCAAAUAACAUUCCAGACCAAAUCCUCACUCCUGGAGUCUCUUGAGCAGAUUUUACAUUUCCUCUCGGGCCGCUCAGGGGUAUUUGUCAAUACAUCUGGAUUGCAUAAACUCUCAGAUAUUAUCCAGACAGUGUUCAGCAUUGAUCCACCAGAAGGCACGACAGGCUUCAUGCCCCAUCAGUCGAUAUCGAAAUAUUAUAAGGUGCACAUUCAUCUGGAUGACAGUAAUCAGAAGAAGAAACAAAGGACGGAUCUCUGGAAUUCAUCAUCUUCAAAAAAACAAGGAAAGACCUUAAGCUACUGGUGUUUCAGCCCAGGAUACAGCAUGCAUGAGCUUGUUCGACAGGGAGUCAGGACAAUUAUCCUUACUAGUGGGACUCUCUCGCCACUCUCAUCAUUUACAAUGGAAAUGCAGAUCCCUUUUCCUGUUUGCUUGGAGAAUCCUCAUGUUAUUGAUAAACACCAGCUCUGGGUUGGGAUCAUUCCUAAGGGCCCUGAUGGAGCUGUGCUUACUUCUACCUAUGAAAGAAGGUUUUCAGAGGAUUAUUUGUCUUCUCUGGGGAAAACAAUUGGUAACCUUGUGCGAGUUGUACCCCAUGGACUGCUGGUAUUCUUCCCUUCCUAUCCUGUCAUGGAUAAGAGCCUGGAAUAUUGGAGAGAGCACGAUUUCGCUAAAAGAAUAGAAGAAGUGAAGCCAAUGUUUGUGGAGCCCAGGAACAAAGGAAGCUUUACAGAGGUAAUAGAUGCAUACUACGAUAAAGUUGUCUGUCCGAAGUCCAAUGGAGCUGCUUUUCUGGCAGUGUGCCGGGGGAAGGCCAGUGAAGGCUUGGACUUUGCAGACAUAAAUGGGCGAGGAGUAAUCAUUACUGGGCUUCCGUUUCCUCCUCGCAUGGAGCCCAGAGUUGUUUUAAAGAUGCAGUUCCUGGAUGAGAUGAGGAAAAGCAGUGCAGGUGCACAGUAUUUAUCUGGGCGUGAGUGGUACAGCCAGCAAGCUUCUCGGGCUGUUAAUCAGGCUAUCGGCAGGGUCAUCAGGCAUCGCCAGGACUACGGGGCAAUCUUCCUAUGUGAUCACAGGUUCACAACUGGAGAUGUCAGAGGCAAACUGCCUUCUUGGGUCCGCCCUUAUGUCAGUGUUUAUGACAACUUUGGGCACGCAGUCAGAAGUGUCUCGCUCUUCUUCCGGAUUGCUCAAGAAAUUAUGCCCCCACCCCUGCCACAGUGCCCGUCUGCCUCUGCUGGUUCCCUCGGGGAAAGCAAUAUGGCACCAUCUACAUCAUCUGAGCAGACCUUCUCUCUGAAAAAAGCCAAAAACUUGGAUGACCACGUUCCCAGUUUGAAGAGGAAGAGAAAGGUAAAUGGAGAUGGAACAUCGAGCCUGUGCAUGGAGUAUGAACAAGAGUUGGUCUUGCCUAGAAAACAGCGUGUUGGGCUCUUGGAUGCGUUGGAGCACAAUGAGAAAAGCAGGGAAGACGCAGAGGAAGACAAUAACUUGGUGGGAGAGGAAAAGGCACAACGUCUGUCUACACUUUCCCUUCAGUAUGAGAAGAGGUUAACAGAUGAGCAGAAAGGAGGAAGGAGAAAAAUAAAGCUAGUCAGCAAUACGCAAGCUGAUAAGAAAGCAGACCCGACGGAGCCAAAGAAGGCCCGAGCUACAUUGUACAUUGCCACUGUGAAGAAGACCCUAAGCCAACAGAAUUAUGAUCUCUUCUCUAAGGCUCUUCAGCACUACAAGAAGACAGAUGACUUCCAUGAGAUGUUAUCUCAAAUGAGCUCUCUCUUUAUAGAGGAUGAAAAGAAGCAUGUCUUGUUACGAGAAUUCUACCAGUUCGUUCGACCUCAACAUAAAAAGGAUUUCGAUGAAGCGUGUUGCAGUCUGACAGGCAUGGGCUGUGGCUACAAACCCGAGCACAGCCUCCUGCCACAAGAGAGGGAGAUACUAGCCAGGAAAAUAGAAGAAAAACGGAGUCAGCAGAAAACUGCGUUCUCAGAGGCCUCGUGUGCUCAACUAAAUGCCGAGCUCCACUUGAACCAGGGAGGAUUACACCUGAUGACAGGACUGCACAGUGCAGGGCAGAAUACCAGCCAAGCUUCAAGGAAAGACAUGGAAAAAGCUUCAUGCUCUAGGAGAGAUUCCCACCAGGCCCUCCGCGCUGCGUAUCUCCAUGACGUGAAGAAGGCGUUGAACAAAAGCACUUACAGCCGUUUCUAUGAAGCGUUGUUGGCUUACAAGAAGACAGAUAACUAUGAUGCGAUGAUAUCCGUGAUAGCAGCACUCACCACUGAGAGGCCGGAAGACUUUCAUCUCCUACAAAGGUUUUACAUGUUUGUGCGCCCUCAUCACAAAGAGCAGUUCAAAGAAAUGUGUAAAAAUUUGACUGGAAUGGCUUGUGGCACGGGAGAGAAGCAACUGGAACAGCAGGUGCAAGAUGAAGGGAACCCUCUGGGUCUGGAGAGCUCGUGCGCUCAAGGAGAGAACUGCUGCACAGCAGAUGCAGCCACUUCUAAGGGUGAGGCACCGCAGAAAAUUCAGAAGAAGAUUUCUUCCUUCUGCUUCAGCCAGCAGAGCACACUGGAAUCGUCAACAACCAAAGCGUCAGGAGAAACCAGUAAUGUGAGAGCACCCACAAGCCCUGGAGCUGUGCCUGUCUUUCCUCUGGAGAUGGAGCCAGAGUGCGGAAGAUUCCAGUGCUCUAACUGCAGAUCUGAGGAUGAUGUGCCUUUUAAAUGUCCGUUAUGUGACUUCACUUGCUGCAAAACAUGCUGGGAGCAGUUCUUAAAGACGGUGAAGAAGUGUCCGAAGUGCCACAGUGAUAUCAAAAAGCAACGAUUAAUCCAAGUUUUCUUCUGGUCGUAAUCUCCCCGCCAGGAAGGUCAUGUGCAGCAUGUCAGCAGAAAGAAAUCCCUGCACGCUGGCUGUUGGGCUGAAGGGAAGCAGGGUGAAGGCUGAUUUAAAUACCUUUGAUCCUUUGCACUGGGUUACACGCUGUGCACCAACACGUAUCAUUGCUUCCUAUGAAGACAAUCAAGUCUGAAUGGUUUCUUUCCUUCAUCACUGGCAGGAGAAUAAAGAAUAUUGUCCUGUAUUGGAAGGUUAACUUGUGAUUUAUCUUAGCCUGUCAGAUCCUACUGUGGCAGCUCUGAGGCUGCAAUGUUACACCCUGGAGGCAACUGUUGUUCACAGGCCCUUCAGGUAACAUCAUCCCUUGGAAAAACCCUAGCGGUGGAACUGAGCUGAAGGAGGCAGCCAGGCCACCCAUCCUCACCGCACCAGUGUUCCUGGAAGAGUGAUUCACCUUCACUGGUGUUUGGCAGCAGCUGCUUUCUCCAGCAGCAGAAGAUACUGAAUGAAAGGAUGACUUUUUAAGAGCAAAUUCCAGUGGUUCUGUGGUGAGAAGCAAUGCUCCGUUGCAUUUGCCGGGCACCCCGAAGCCCCAUUCCUCCCAUCCCACUGGGGUUCUUUGGAAAUGUGCUGCUAAAGGAGUCUUUGUUUUCUGCUCAGGACUGGUACUUCCAUUGCGCCUGUGUUACCUGAUGUCAUCUACCAAGAAGAAAAAUGAACUAAGUAAUUUAAAACCCUAAAAUAAAUCAUUAGGUGGGUUAAAAAGAAAAUCUUUAACACUUCCACUCUCUGUGAGUAGUGGCUAUUGGUGGUUAACCCAAAAAAUUGUAUCUAA